ACUGUAGGCAGAUAUGUUUUAGAUCGAAGUUUCUAGAAGAUCACCACUUCGUGCGUUAUACCAAGUUCCACAUCAUUUCUCAGUGAAUUCGAGAAUUCGAGAAUCGAUCGGAGUCGUUUCUCUUAACACCGGUCGUUAUCAUCGUCGUUUGAUUUCCGAUCUUCCCUCGCCGCAAGGAGAUAUGCUCGCUUGACGACGACCUCCAUCUUUACCUUUUUUGCUCAACAAGGAAGAGAAGGAUGUCGACUCCAGCGAGGAAGAGACUGAUGAGGGAUUUCAAGAGGUUGCAGCAAGACCCACCUGCAGGAAUUAGCGGUGCUCCACAAGACAACAACAUCAUGUUGUGGAAUGCUGUGAUAUUCGGGCCUGAUGAUACCCCAUGGGAUGGAGGUACUUUCAAACUAUCACUGCAGUUUUCAGAAGAUUAUCCAAAUAAACCACCAACAGUUCGGUUUGUUUCACGGAUGUUCCAUCCAAACAUUUAUGCUGAUGGGAGUAUAUGCUUGGACAUUCUCCAAAACCAGUGGAGUCCAAUAUAUGAUGUCGCUGCUAUACUUACCUCCAUUCAGUCAUUGCUCUGUGAUCCUAAUCCAAAUUCUCCUGCGAAUUCGGAAGCUGCACGAAUGUUCAGCGAAAGCAAGCGCGAGUACAACAGAAGAGUCCGUGAGGUUGUUGAACAAAGCUGGACUGCAGACUAGUAAUAAUAUUUGUUGUAGCAUUUGUCUUCAAAAACAUUAAAACCUCCUCUCUUGUGUUUAAUCACCUACACUUCUCUCUCUCUCUCUUUCCUGUCUUUGUGUGUUUUAUAAACUCUGUGAUUUGUUGCUUUUAAUGUUUCGAUGUAUUUCCAUAUAUUAUCUUAACCACAUUUAUCUUUUUAAUUAUCAAAUGUAUUUCAUUUCGAU